GCCCCGCGCCCGGCAGGUGGCCCAGCUCAGUCUGCCCCGGCCACACCUGGGGGCGCCGCUCCCUGCCCCUCGGGGAGCAUGAGCCGGGCCUUCCCCCGCGGGCCCCGGAGCCCGGCCCAGGAGCAGAGGCUGCAGCCGCCCCACGGCCUCCCCGGAGCAGGUGAGAGCCGGGCCGGUGGCGGACACAAGGAGGCCGGCCCGAGACCAGACGUGGCGGGCAUCCAGGACCCGUGGCGCACCCACCUGGCGAUCCACCGUCUGCGCCACUCCAGCGGCCGGCAGAGGCCGCCUCUCCCCAAGGCCGGGCCGCCUUCCUCGCAGCGGCCCGAGGAGGACCCGGGGCAGGAGCCCCAGGGAGAGGCUUCGGGGCCCCGGGCGGCGCCGGCCCCUGGGAGUGCUCCCCCAGCCCGGGCCAAGAGCCACUACCCUUUCCCAAAGAGAAAAGCGCCUCGGAUCUCGGAGGCCGCCCGGAGACUGGGUCUCUACAGGCCCACCUGAAGCCCCCCACCCCCCGCGCUCUGCCCUCCAGGAGGCCGCAGGCCAAGGACAAGCUCUGAGGGGUCUCCAACAAACAAGGGCGUCCUGUUCGGGCACCAAGGCCGGCCCCGGGGACCUCGGCCAGGCCCAAUAAAGUCCUCUACGAA